AUGGGGCCCAAACACAGGAAACAAGUCAAAGGCCAGGUCACCGUAGACCCAAACUCCAAGCCGCUCAUCCAUACAUUGCUACACCCGAUCUCCUGGGUCCUCCACCGGCUCCAUGCCCUCCUCACCACAAUCCUGCUCGCCGUACUCGCGCUCGGCCCCAUGCCCCACCACAUCGGAUUCGUCAUGGAUGGCAACAGGCGGUAUGCCCGUCUGAGAGGACAGAAGGUGGCUAAGGGACACCAACAAGGAAGCGAGAGCCUCAAGCGCACACUCCGCCUCUGCCUGCGCCUCCGUAUCCCUGUUGUCAGCGUGUACGCGUUUGCGAUCGACAACUUUAACCGCCCACCAGAGGAGGUCGACGCCAUCAUGACGCUCGCGAGGGACUCGCUGAGGGAGAUUUGCCAGGAAGAUGGCUUCCUGCAACAACACGGCAUUCGCUUGAGGUGUAUUGGCCGCAUGGACCUGCUCAGCCCCGAGAUGCAGGCCGCCCUGCGCGAGAUGGAGGUCGCCACCAGCGCCAACGUGAAUGGCGUGUUGAACGUGUGCGGACCCUAUGCGAGCCGCGACGAGAUGACCACGGCGGUGCGUGAGGGUGUCGCCGACGCCAGGGCGGGUGUCAUUGAGGAAGACGAUCUUACAUCAGACGAGCUGUUUGACCGCCUUGCUACCUCCCAAUCUGCCGCCGACGUCUCCCCGCUGAUCGAGCACCCGGGCCAGCUGGACAUUUUGAUACGCACGUCAGAUGUCAAGCGUCUGAGCGACUUCAUGAUGUGGCAGUGUGCCGAGGACACGCAGAUCCACUUUGUCAAGACGUACUGGCCCGACUUCGGAUUUACGGACAUGCUGCCCAUCUUGCUGGGCUGGCAGCAAAAAGUAUGGGCGAGGCAGAUGGGAUGGUAG